AUGUCAUUUGUGGACGGGUACCGUAGGUACACGGCCGCCCCCAUUCGACUGGCGUUAGUGCUUGGGGACAUUGCAUUUGAAGACGAGCGCAUUACAUCUGCGCAGCUGUCGGAGUUGAAAUCGACGCUACCCUACCGUCAACUACCGGUUUUGACCAUCAAUGGGACUGCCGCAUAUGCCCAAUCCCACGCGAUUGCUCGCUUUGUUGCCCUUUCGGGGCUGAAUUCGACCGACGACCUCCAGCUCGCGCUUGCCGUGGACGAAAUCGACGACUUUGCGUCAGAAAUUCUCGAGCUGAUGCUGUCCACCCAUUCAGAAGCGGACAAGGACAAGAAGAAAGCCGUUUGUGAGGCACUUGUCAACAGCAAACUCGCAGACAUGCUGGGCCUUCUCGAAGCCCGACUGGUUCAAUUGAAACAAUCCAAUGCGGAAGGGGGGAAGGGGGAGGCGUGGGUGCUGAACGGACGCUUGUCCACGGCCGACGUGGCGGUUCACGGCCUCGUCAGUAUGGCCAAGCUGGGCUGGCUUGAGUUCGUUCCCACAACGUUGUGCGAGGGUUUCCCGACAUUGGUCUCGAUUCAUCAUGCUGUGGACACGCACCCAAAGGUCGUGGCGUGGAAGCAGUCUCGUGCGUAG